AUGACAGGCGCGAACCGCAUCGCGAAGCGCAAAACCCGGGACUUUGACCUCGACAACACCACAAACCCCGAUACCACCAGCACCACUGCAACUGCCCCCCAACAAACCCAAACCCAAGACAAAGACCAAGGCCACGCACGGAAGAAAAUCCACCUCCACAAGAAAGAACACAAGUAUCCGUCCGUCAACGAACUCAAGAAACGCAUUCGCGAUGUGAAACGACUUCUCAAUAAGGCGGAUUUACCUGCCGAUGCGCGCAUCGUUCAAGAACGAGCGUUGAAGGGAUACGAGAAUGAUCUGGAGGAGGAGUUGAAGAGGAGGGAUCGGUCGAAGAUGAUUAAGAAGUAUCAUUUUGUGAGGUUUUUGGACCGCAAAACCGCCAGCAAAGACAUCUCGCGCCUCACCCGACGAGAAAAAGAAAUCACUUCAUCCUCGACUCUCGAAUCCAAGGAGAAGGAACGCAAACUUAAAGCUUUGGCGGAGAAGUUGCACGUCGCGCGGGUUAAUCUGAACUAUACGAUCUAUUAUCCGCUUUCGGAGAAGUAUAUCGCCUUGUAUGCGGAGCAGAGAAAGAAGACGACGACGACGGGAGGGAAGGGAGAUGGGGAGGAUUCGGAUGAUGAUGCGCGGUUUGGACCGAUUCAUGCGACAGUUGCGGAGAAGCCGGGGAUGUGGCAUGUUGUGGAGAAGUGUAUGGCGGAGGGGACGUUGGAUGAGUUGAGGGAUGGGAAGAUGAAGGUCAAGGUUGAUGGGGAGGAUGCUACGGGAGAGAAGAAGCAGAAGGUUGUGGUGAAGGAGGGUAAGAAGAAUUCUGCUGCUGCUGCGGUGAAGGAGGUCAAGAGUGAUAGGAAUACCAAGGGUUGGGAGCGUGUGGAGUCCGGACGGAGUGAGAGAUCGAAGAGGAGGGCUGCGGCUAGGGAGGACUACGCGAGACGGAAUGCGGCCAAGGAUGAUGGCGAGGAGAGUGAUGGAGGGUUCUUUGAGAUGUGA